AUGGAAAGGUUAAUAUCGACCGCACAAGUAAAACCGGCAAAUAAUCAAGUUGAGGUAUCUUUAAAUUUAAAUCAAAAAGCAUUGAUUAAAUUUUGCAAAGAACACAAUAUCGCUGUGACGGGCUAUUCUCCAUUUGGCAAUCCUGGUAAUAGCAGAGGUUUGGAUAAUUUAUGGAAUACUACUGUGAUUCAAGAGCUAUCUUGUAAAUACAAUAAAACACCUGCGCAGGUGACAUUGCGUUUUAUAUUACAAAUGGGCUCAGCAAUAAUAUCCAAAUCUGUUACAAAAUCACGAAUAAAAGAAAAUAUUGAAAUCUUUGAUUUUAAUCUAACAUUAAGUGAAACGUCGAAAAUUCAAGCACUAGAAACGGGAAAUCGGUUAAUAACAUACGAAAGUGCUAGAAAUGAUAAAUUUUAUCCCUUCAACAUACCAUACUAA